AUGAUGCAGCAGCUCGGUGGUACUCCAACCACAACCGCCGCAACCGCAGCGGCUCCACCGCCGCCGCCGCCACAACAAUCCAACGAUUCGGCUGCUACAGAAGCUGCGGCAGCUGCAGCAGCGGUUGGAGCGUUUGAGGUGUCGGAAGAGAUGAACGACCGCGGUUUUGGAUUAAACCGGUGGCCGCGGCAGGAAACGCUCGCGCUUCUGAAAAUACGAUCUGAUAUGGGAAUAGCGUUUCGAGACGCCAGCGUUAAAGGACCCUUAUGGGAAGAGGUUUCCAGGAAAAUGGCGGAGCUUGGGUUCAUAAGAAACGCGAAGAAAUGCAAAGAGAAGUUCGAAAACGUUUACAAAUACCACAAACGAACCAAAGACGGCCGCACCGGAAAAUCCGACGGCAAAACUUAUCGCUUCUUCGAUCAAUUGGAAGCUCUCGAGACUCAAUCAGCCUCCUCUCUCCACCAUCAUCAACAACAACAAACGCUUCAACCGCCUCAAACGCAAACGCAACCACCGUUACGACCUCAAAACAACAACAACAGCUCCGUUUUCUCUACUCCUCCGCCGGUAACAACCGUCAUGCCGCCGAUAGGAAGCAUUGCUCCUUACACUCAGCCUGUGAGCAUCCCUUCGUUCCCAAACAUCUCCGGCGAUUUCCUAUCGGACAAUUCGACGUCGUCUUCGUCUUCUUACUCCACUUCCUCCGACGUCGAGAUCGGAGGAGCCACCACAACCACCGGGAGGAAGAAGAGGAAGAGGAAAUGGAAAGUCUUCUUCGAGCGGCUGAUGAAACAGGUCGUCGAUAAACAGGAGGAGCUUCAACGGAAGUUUUUAGAAGCCGUGGAGAAGCGAGAGCACGAGAGAAUGGUCAGAGACGAGUCUUGGAGAGUGCAGGAGAUCGCUAGAAUCAACCGCGAGCACGAGAUCUUAGCUCAGGAACGCUCAAUGUCCGCCGCUAAAGACGCCGCCGUCAUGGCGUUUCUCCAGAAACUAUCCGAAAAACCGAUCCAACAAGGCCAAUCAAUCCCUCAACCGCAAACGCAAACGCAAACGCAACCGCAACAAGUUCCCUCUCAAAUGCAGCAGCUUAACAACAAUCAGCAGCAAACGCCUCAAACGCCACUCCCGCAGGCGGUGAUACCGAGCUUAGACGUUACCAAAACAGACAAUGGCGAUCAGCAUAUGACUCCGGCGACUGCGACUGCGGUUUCUGCGACUGCGACUGCGGCGAGCUCGUCGAGGUGGCCGAAGGUGGAGAUAGAGGCGUUGAUAAAGCUGAGGACGAAUCUUGAUUCCAAGUAUCAAGAGAACGGACCAAAAGGACCGUUGUGGGAGGAGAUAUCAGCGGGGAUGAGACGGUUAGGAUUCAACCGGAACUCGAAGAGGUGCAAGGAGAAGUGGGAGAACAUAAACAAGUACUUCAAGAAAGUCAAAGAGAGCAACAAGAAACGGCCCGAAGACUCCAAGACUUGUCCCUAUUUUCACCAGCUCGAUGCUUUAUAUAGAGAGAGGAACAAGUUCCAAACCAACAACAACAGCAACAACAACAUUGCAUCUUCUUCGUCAGCUUCCGGUUUGGUUAAACCGGAGAAUUCUGUUCCUUUGAUGGUCCAACCUGAGCAGCAAUGGCCUCCUGCGACGGUGACGGUGAAUGCAACGACAGUGACUACUACUGUGGCUGGUCAAACUGAUCAACAACAUACUCUUCCUGUUGCUGCUGGUCCUCAGCCGUCGGUUCAGGAAUUUGAUGAUGACGAUGGAACAGAUGAAGAGUACGACGAUGAGGAAGAUGAGGAGGAGAAUGAAGAGGAGGAAGGUGAGUUUGAGCUUGUGCAGAGCAAUAACAACAACAAGGCGACGAAUAAUCUGUGA